CGCCCGUAGACGUGCUACGCGUACCCGUAGGUGUGCUACGCGAACCCGUAGGUGUGCUACGAAAUCCCGUAGGUGUGCUACGAGUGCGUUGAAACAACGUAGUGCUGCAAAUGUGAUAUCAAAAUAAUUGGUAGAAGGUAUGCGGGCUCAAAAGAUACCCGCUGCCUUGCUACUGUUGCUAGUUGCAAUAGACUCCCUGCACGCCAACCGGAGGAAGCAAAAAGAGAAAAUAAUCCAAACGACAACUAAUAUAUGCGACAUUAGCGACAGAGAUUCCAAAGUCCAUUGCUACUGUGAAAACAGUCCAGAAAUAAAUGAGGCAAUUAAAACGGAAUGCUGGGUAUUUAACGGAGGUAUAGACAAGACGGAUCCUUUAUGGCCGAGUUUUACUUCGCAGUCCAACAUAGAAAUUCUGGCUUUUAAUGUGCGGGCCGAUGGCGGACUCAGUUUCGUGCCAACCAAAGUACUCAGGUAUUUGAGGAAGCUGAAAAUUUUUAGCAUAAAAUACAGCUCCAUUCUAAAGAUAGAGAGCGAAACGUUCGUUAACUUGACGUCAGUGCAAGAGAUGACAUUAACGAAGAACCAGAUAGUUGUGCUGAAUAAAUAUGCAUUUUAUAAUUUACCUAACCUAACAACGCUGACUUUGGACGAGAACAGAAUAAAAAAGCUCGAGACAGAUACGUUCUACGGGCUGCCGGCGUUGCAGAAAUUAUUUCUAACGAGUAACAAUAUAAGCAAAAUCGAGGAGGGAGCGUUCCGGCAUCUAGUUAAUUUGCUAGAAUUAGAGUUGGAUAGAAAUAAUAUAAGCGAAUUGAACAAGGAGUCUUUUAAUGGACUAGCUAACCUAAAACGCUUAGAUUUAAGAAGAAAUAAGAUAGCUAUAUUGAAUUCUUUUACGUUUAUCGAGUUGUGGAACCUUCAAGAGUUAUUAUUAGAUUAUAACGAGAUAUACAUAUUAGCACAGAGGACGUUCGAUGGACUAUCGCAAUUGAAAAAACUGAGCUUAAGUCAUAAUAAGUUGGUAACUUUAGCGGAUGGAUUAUUCGAAGGAGUACGAGGAUUGUCAGCGGUAGAUCUAAGACACAACAAGUUAAAACGAUUCACUAUUGAUAAUUUACGACCGAUUUACGACAAUUUGAAGCUACAAAAGAGCUACAUUUAUUUAGAAGGGAACGAUUUCGACUGCGACUGUCAUUUGGCGUGGAUGCACAAACUCCGGCACGAGGCGAACAGCAUAAAAGUGAGGACAUCUUUAGAAAAUUUCGUUUGCAAGCUCAGCAAAGACAGUAAUUUCCAUCAAGGUUACUUUGAACCCGCCAAAAACGCCGAGAAGGAGAAUAUCAUAAAUGAACUCGACGAGGACGAUUUUAAUGAGGAGGACGAGACGUAUAUUGAGGAACCGAAGAAAGUUAGAAGUGAUAAUGAGAGGACAUUGUUGCAAAUACCCGUGGAGCUCCUACCGUGCCCUGCUGAAGUCAAAAGUGUCACGGACAAGACAUAUACGUACCCCUCACAGAACGAAGCUAAAGAUUACAGGAAUCUCAUACAAUCUAGCGCUGUGGGAAACGUGGGAGAUGUAAUACUCAUUGUACUAUUAAGUUUUGUAGUUUAAGAUAUAAAUAUAGUUUUGUUGUUAGGAUAAAUUGUUAUUUUUUAAUAAUAAAUGUAUAAGA